GGGCAACCAACUAUUUACAGUUCAAGAAUUUUUCCUUGUGACUCCAUGUUCCAUUGCACUCGCCAUUUCCUGCCCGGUUUACUCCUCUGGCCGACCUCCUUUUGAUUCAAUUUUUCUGAGUGAAAUCUCGAUACGCAGUACAUGAGUGAGACGUCAAUGGUUGUAUCAACUAAUACUAUUUUGAAUUUCGCCCAAGGCCAGAUGUGGAUCACAUCCCAACAUACCCGUUAGAUCCACCUAAUCAAAUCAAUUACAUUUCGAAAGGUCAUGGGAUUCACAAUUCACAUGGUUUUUGCAGUGUGAUUUCAUGGUAUCAUUCAUAAAACGUCUACACAGUAUCUUCUCAGCACCUACCACAGGAUUUAAAGUGCCGUAUGGCCAAGGCUCUCUGGGCGCGUGAAAGACAAAAGGGACAAGAACGAGGGCAUGAAGUCGUUCAAUAAUUGGUUUAGAUUGAUAGUCGUUCUCCAAGUUACUCAUCAUCAUUACAACCUCUGUACAGACAGAAAAAAAUCCCGUCGCGAAGCAGAACACGACAAGCGUCUCGCGUCUACCUCUCACGCUUGUCGGAUUCUUUUCAUCUUUUUUCAUCCGGGCAACAAGCGAUCGAUGUCUGCUCAAGGAAAUCAAGAAAUGGGGUCGCUGCGUAUGCUCGCGUUCGCUCUCCUCUUGCCUCUCGUGUGUGCCACCAACAUCAAGUAUUGUGAGAAUUCUGGGGACUAUGUCGUGAAGGUGAGCGAUGUCCAGAUAUCGCCGAACCCAGUGGUUCCAGGCAAGCCGACCACCUUCGACAUCUCUGCUUCUACAGGGCUUGUACACUUUAAGGAUAACCAUGGAGGAUGACCUGAAUCGGCCGUUAACCUGCAUCAGCUUCGAUUUCAGGAUAGGAUUUGGAUCUCUGGUCUUCAACAGUUGAAAAUCCCCCAUACCCAUAUCUUUGAGCGACUUCAAAAGGUCAAAUACUAUUUUCUUUUCCGAACAUGAGAUCCCACGCCAUAGUUUACUGUAUUUCCUGGUUUACUAUUCUUCUAUAUCUCAAAAGUACUUUGAAUCUCCCUCGUAAAUGAAAAUACGUUUGCAUCUAGACGGCUUAUCGGUGCAUUGGAUGUCAUAAGUCAUUUCAACUUCA